UGGGAGCCGUUCGCUAUUGGCUCCGCCGGCUCCCGGCGGGUAUUGCGGCGGCGCGCGGGAGUGGUGGCGGGAUCGAGCUGCAGGGAUGGGAAUCCACGGCCUGGCCAAGCUUAUUGCUGAUGUGGCUCCUGCUGCCAUCCGGGAGAAUGACAUCAAGUCUUACUUUGGCCGGAAGGUUGCCAUAGAUGCCUCCAUGAGCAUUUACCAGUUCCUGAUCGCCGUGCGGCAGGGUGCCGAAGUCCUUCAGAAUGAGGAGGGUGAGACCACAAGCCACCUGAUGGGCAUGUUCUACCGAACCAUCCGCAUGGUGGAGAAUGGCAUCAAGCCAGUUUAUGUCUUUGAUGGCAAGCCCCCACAGUUGAAAUCAGGGGAGCUGGCAAAGCGGACUGAGCGCCGGGCUGAGGCAGAGAAACACUUGCAGGAGGCUCAGGAGGCCGGGGAGGAGAAUAACAUUGAGAAGUACAGCAAGAGGCUGGUCAAGGUGACACAGCAACACACUGAUGAGUGCAAGAAAUUGCUAACGCUGAUGGGCAUCCCCUAUGUGGAGGCGCCAGGGGAGGCUGAAGCCAGCUGUGCUACCUUAGUGAAGGCGGGGAAGGUCUAUGCAGCUGCCACGGAAGAUAUGGAUUGCCUGACCUUUGGCAGUCCCGUGCUGAUGCGGCAUCUUACUGCCAGUGAGACAAAGAAGCUGCCCAUCCAGGAGUUUCACCUGAACCGUAUUCUGCAGGAUCUAGACCUGACCUGGGAACAGUUUGUGGAUCUGUGUAUCCUCCUGGGCUGUGACUACUGCGAGAGCAUCCGCGGCAUUGGGCCCAAGCGUGCUGUUGAGCUCAUCAAGGAGCACAAAACUAUUGAGAAGAUCGUUCAGCAGAUAGACACCAAGAAGUACCCGCUGCCUGAGAACUGGCUGCACAAAGAGGCCCAGAAACUCUUUUUAGAGCCUGAUGUGGUCAACCCCGACGCUGUUGAACUGAAGUGGACCGAGCCGAAUGAAGAGCAGCUCGUCCAGUUCAUGUGUGGGGAGAAGCAGUUCAAUGAAGACCGGAUCCGCAACGGGGUCAAGAGGCUGAGCAAAAGCCGGCAGGGCAGCACGCAGGGCCGGCUGGAUGACUUCUUCAAGGUGACGGGCUCCAUCACAUCAGCCAAGCGCAAAGAGCCAGAGACCAAGGGAUCAGCAAAGAAGAAAGCCAAGACCAACAAUGCUGCGGCCACAAAGACCAAAAAGGGAAAAUAGCCAGACUGGCCAACCACAAACCCCUGCGACUGUGGGUUUUAUGCUCAACCAGGAAUUUUAGGUUAAUAACAAACAGUCAUCUUUCUGUCCUGCAUGUUAGUGCUAGGGAGGAUGCUGCUAAAAUGUUUCCCGACAAGGCUAGGUUAGUGAAUCAGAUAAGUGUCUUCCUGCGCAGCAGUAGUAACAUAUGAGGCUAGGAGAGAAGAGAGCUGAAACCACUGCAGCAUCAGGGCAUUGGGGGGUGGGGGGCGGUGAGGAGCCAGCGAGUCACGUUCAGUAGCAGCAUUCAUUGCUUUUCAUUGGUUUGAGACUUUGGAUGAGGAGACCAGAGGUAAUACCCAGGUUGUAGAGUUGAAGGGAGGUGCUGAUCAAAAACACCCUCUCUGAUUUAAGAAAUAAAAAGUGGAACAGCUAUAGUGAACUGGGUACACAUAGUAGCGAGAUUUCUGUCUGUCACCAUCCAGAAAGAGGUAGGUGCAAGCAGCAGAGGCUGAAGGAGAAACUGGGGAGAUGUGAAUGGAAGGCAAGCUGGAGUUGGCAAGGGGACUUGAAAUUAAGAGGUAAACUUCUCUCUUUAAUGGAUAUUGGGUGUAGGUUCUUUCUUCCUUUAUUGUAGUCACUUUUGUCACUUGUUUUUUUAAAAAAAGAAAUUGUAAUCCCAAUUCCAGCUAAGUUCUGGUCCACUCUUAGUGCACAAACUGAGGAGAAGCUGAGCUGAGCCUACAGCAGUCCAAGCCUGAAUUUUGCUGCUAGUUUCUGUUUUAUGUUUAGAAAGAAAAAUGUCAAUAAACCUUGAAUGGAAGCAUAUUCGCUCCCUGAUGUCCUGAGGCAUCCUUCCACAUUAUACACAGAGACAGAUCCCAGACUAAGAAAUGAGAUGGUGCCUCUUUUUUUUUUUUUUUUUCUUCCCCUUUUCUGUAUUUUGCGUAGUCUUUUCCUCUUGUCAAAGCAAUGUGCUUGGUUUUGUUUUAAGAAUAAAGUUUAUACACAAA